UAAAAUAACACAGAGAAAUGCAAACUUAGUUUAACCAGUGAACUCAAACUCAAACCCUCUCGCUUCAUCAUCAACCAUGGAGUUCCCCUUCAACCAAGGCCGUAACAACUCUCACGCCACCCACACCCACCACCACAACAACCGCAGAGACGACGACGAAGAACAACACCCCAACUACCCUCCUCCACCAGGCAGCACCGGCAGCCCUUACUCCUCCUUCAACAACCCUUACCCACCACCACAACAACAACCACCCUUUUACGGCGAACCUCACCGUCCACCGCCACAACAACCACCCUUCUACGGCGAGCCUCACCGUCCACCACCAUCUCAGCCAGAAACCAACGUGUUCCACACAUCUCACGACGUCACAUAUGGACACGUGUCCCAUCCUCCUCAAUCUCAUCACCCUGAUCACUCACCCAACUAUGGUUACCCUGUACCACCAGCACAACAACCACCCUUUUCAAGUUACUCCGCCCCUCCACCUCCCAACGCUGCCACCGUGCACCAUGUUUCUCACGAGGUUCAUCCACCUUCCAACACCAACGUGCUCCAUGUUUCUCACGAGACUAAUCAGUUUCCAAACUCUGUUCACCAUGUCGGCCAUCAGGGUCCCACUGCUCUCUCUGGGAAACCCACUUACCGGGUUGUCACCAAGGCAAACCCUGAUUAUGCUCUCACUGUUCGUCACGGGCAGGUCAUUCUAGCACCGUUCAAUCCCAACAAUGAGCACCAGCUCUGGUACAAGGAUGAGAAGUACAGUACCCGGGUGAAGGAUGCAGAGCGUUGCCCUGCAUUUUCUUUGGUCAACAAGGCCACUGGGGAGGCCAUUAAGCAUUCCAUUGGUGAAAGUCAUCCUGUUCGGCUGAUACCCUACAAGCCAGACUAUCUCGAUGAGUCUAUUCUGUGGACUGAAAGCAAGGACCUGGGUGAUAGCUACAGAUCUGUAAGGAUGGUGAAUAAUAUUCAUCUUAAUAUGGAUGCUUAUCAUGGUGAUAAGAAUUCUGGAGGUGUGCAUGAUGGCACUACUAUAGUCCUCUGGCAAUGGAACAAAGGUGAUAACCAGCGAUGGAAGAUCAUUCCCUACUGAGUACAAUUUACGGAACUGAAAAUGGCUUUCAAGAUGGAUUAUCUUUAAGUUGAGAAGAUUGCUGGCUCUUUUGUUUUAGUGGGUUGUGCUAACAAACAUUCAUGUCGUUUCUAGAGUGUAAACGAAUGGUUUGUAAUGCGGCUACUGGUAUGGGGCAUUCAGCUAUAGAUUUUUCAAUCGAAUGUGUGUUUUCAAUAAUAUACAUGUAUGUCACUGGUAAUUGUGCUGAUUGCCAUAUGAUAGUAUGGAAUUUAUGUGCUUCUUUAUAUCUUUGACGUGAUUUAGUCUGAACCAUUACUGCUGUUGUUGUAUCCGUCACUAGUAAUUAACUGGCUUGUGGAGAACAAUGUAACUAGCAUCAUGAGCUUUUAUAUAUUAUAGUAAUGGUGCUGAUUGCCAUA